GCGUACAUCCACCAAUUGUGGCACGGCAGGAUUGUGACUUACUUCACUAUCCUGGAUGUUUAACGUAACAACGAAAACGUUUCUGGAUCAACACAACAGCGCCAAAUGUUCAACUCUUUUGCUAACUUGGAUACCAAAUUCAUCCCUGUGGAAAUGCCCAUCGUCGGGUAAGGGAUAUCCAGCUUAUUUUAAAUGCCCUUUACCACUGACAGCUGGAGCAAAUGCUCAACUUUUCAUUGGUGAUGUUAAUGGCGAGAGCGAGCUUAGUAGAUUCAAAACUUGUUCCACUGCUAAUAACGAAAAUGCGAAGGAAGACGAGACAAACGCUUCAACGGUUGAUAUGCAGGAGUUGCGCAUUGAGCUGCAGCCUUUAUUAGGCGGUAAAAAAGCAUCUUCGGAGGACUUGAAAGCUUUGCUUCGAAAGGAGCCCAUCACUUCAGUUAACAUAACCAUAUCAAAUCCACAAGCAGAGAGUACUAAUAUAUCGCAAACUUAUAAUUGUAUCGUGGCUGCUGAUCGAGAAAAACUUCAAUUAAAUUCUGAUGGCUAGAUAUCCGAUGGCAAUAACCCGAACUGGAUGACGCCGGAACUUCUAGCCUUUAAACUUCCAGAUAGUGAAAAUACUACUCUCACUGUGAGGCGCAAAAGAAAUAUCAAAUGUCGACGGUUCUCAGUCGAUUUAAGUCAAAUGCGAUCAUUGCUUGGCGGUGGCUUACGGUGGUUUGAAUUAUUUGGCGCAAGUAGCAAGGUGUUUAUUUUUUUGCACACUAAUAUAUUUCAUAUUUCUGUAUGCUUCUAAGUCUUUCAACAAUGGCAUUGUUUUUUGCAUAAUGUCACUAGGACAAGAAAAACAAAAUUUGCCUUAUCGCCAUAGUCAUGUCGGCCAGAAGUAAAGAAAUCUGAACUUCAUUCUAAUGAAGGAAAUGUGAAAAAAGAUUACCACUUUCUACGGUACAUUGCUCAAUGCAAAAGGAGAAAUCGACGAUGAUCUAAUGUUAAGGAAAUGCGUAUUCUUCGGCGAAUUGGAGAAACGUUUGCGCCAGACCGUUUGGCCAUUUCUAUUAAAAUGUCACUCCUUCUCAUCGACUUUUGAAGAUCGAGCCGUCUUGACGGAUAUUAAACGGCAGGAAUGUGAGGAGUUUACACGGCGACGUUUAUAUUCGCCCAAAGAACAAAUAUAUUUCUGGAAAACCGUUCAAUGUAUUGUAGAAAAGGUGUUGUACGUACAGACUGUUCCAAUCCGUUAUUCUGCGGCGAAGACAAUCCUAAGACUGAAAUUAUGAAAAACAUCAUUAAACUUUGCCUUUUACAAUACCGGUAUUUCUUAUUCACAAGGUAUGAGCGAUCUUUUAGCCCCGGUUUUAUGCGAAAUACAAAAUGAAUCAGAGACGUUUUGGUGUUUUGUCGGUUUGAUGCAGAGAGCAUUUUUUGUCUGUACGCCAACUGACAACGAUAUUGAUCGUAAUUUUAACUAUUUGCGUGAACUGAUACGCAUUAUGCUUCCGCGGUUUUACGAACAUUUAGAGCAGCAUAGCGAUGGUUUGGAAUUACUGUACACUUGGGUUCACAGUCGUUUUCUUUUUUUGCGAAGCAAUUUUCUCUUGAUCGUCGGGCUUAAUAAUUUUAUUAACAUUGCUAACUUUUAUUUCUGAGGUGGGAUUAAGUGUCGCAGAAACUGUGAAGAACAAGUGUAGCAACUAACUUAAUACAAAGUACAUUUACAUUUAUAGCUUACUUCUUGAAGUGAAUUUAUCGAACAUGAUUUUUUGGGAUGUCGUAGUCCAGAAGGCCACAAGUGUCAGGACGAGUGCGUCGGUUUUUAAUGAGAUUAGAAUAACAUGAGAAACGGGAUUGACAGCAUCCGCUUUCCACCAAACAGAUGCCGGUGUGUACUGUUGAAUAAGCAACUAAACUUUCACGGUGCGAAAAACAUUUGCCACAAAUCUUGGUGCAAAAGUUGACAGAAUUACGACAGCUUUUGGAGAUUGUUAUACGCUUUUUAACUUACGUCGCAUUCGUAAGGCUUCUCCCCAGUAUGUGACCUUUCAUGCUCUACUAAACGGCCCUUCUGAUAGAAAUUUUUACCACAAUAACUGCAAUAAUUUUUCAACUCGCCGGUAUGAAAUUCUAUAUGUUGUUUCAGAUUAUAUUUGGAUAUGAACAUCAUUGAGCAUUGUUCACAUUUAUAAGGUUUUUUGGUACCACAUCAGUAGGUAUAAGUCGCCGAUAUGGAUCAAUUGUCUUAUAUUUAGCUCCACAUUUAUCACACUUGAAUAAUUCGCGAUCAACGUCUUUAUGUACAUCGCGUAUGUAAAUUCGAUGUUGCUCUUCACUAGUAAAAGUUGUAUUUUUGCAGGGGCGACAUGCAAUCGUCACACGAAUCGUGUCACGAUGUCGCUUUAAGUUUUCAUCCAUGCAAAAGCGUGGUUCAAAACAGCAACAAAAAAAGCCACCAGGAGAUUCAUGUUUUUUAACAUGUUUCACAAAACCAUUUAGGGAGGUCAGAGCAAAGUUUCACUAGCACUGGUUGAUUUCCGAUGACGUUGGAUCCAUUGAUAAGUGUGGAAUUGCCUAGAAGAAACCGAGUAUCAUUAUGGUUACUCAUUCAAAUAAACAUUCCUUGACGAAAUCGGAGAGAUAUAUUCUUUAAGCGUUUUAUUUUUCCUGUAACAUUUAUUAACCUUUUUUAACGACACUCAACUGAAGAUGUUUAAAUGGUUCUUGAAUACCUCCAAAGAGAACAAUAAAACUAUUAUAUUUAGGCAAGAUAUAUCUUUAAAUAUCCCGCGCUUCUUCAUCUAAUGCAAACUUCUUUCGUUCACCAAAUAUCCAAAAUCAUGCCUCGUUACCUUAUAGAUGCUUACUUUUUGCAGUAAAGAAGAGAGCCCGAGCAUAAGCGGUCCAAAUUUGGUAAAAUUAUUCCAAAUCAGCACUUGUUAUGGUGCGAAGGCUUACUUUCAAGUUGCUAUUUAAAACGAAUUUCCUACGAAUUUUUCUUGAAAUCUGUUAAAAAUUGUCAUGAGCGGCAUGAAUGUGAGGAACGCUCAAAUAUAUUGAUUUGAUUUAAUCC